AUGAACAAUGAGUAUUGGACUCGGCUGGGUCAUGAAGAAUCCGUAAAGCUUCUAGACCUGAAGGACCCUGCGAGGACAUUUCCAAUUUUUUGGCACGCCGAUGGUGUGCGAGUCUACAAACAUCAGAAGUGCUGGGUAUAUUCGUAUUCCUGUGCAUUGAAGAAAGGCCCUUCCUUGUCCUCCAAGCUCCUGCUUUUGCUUGUGCGAGAAACACUUGUCGUGAAACCGUCGACGCACGACCGGAUCGGGGAGGUGGUGGGUUGGAUACAACGUGUUCUUCAGACUGGGAAAUAUCCGGACAAAGACAUCAAUGGCCAAUCCUGGCCAGUCGGUUCUCGAGAAGAACGGCUUGCCAACCUUGAGUUUGCUGGGGGUUACAAGUGUGCCUUCAGCGCGUUCAAAGGAGAUUGGGAAGCACGCGUGUUGAUACACAAAUUGCAGCGGAGCUACAACCACAUUAACAUUUGUGAGCAUUGUCCUGCGUGCAAGUCAAACAACGCCUUCAACUAUCGCAAUUUCUCGCCCGACGCAGCUUACUUGGAUGUGAGUUUCACGCAUGCGCAGUACCUUGUCAUGACCCCGCCGGAGUUCCAUUCGAGCUGGUUGAACGUUCCCGGUUGGACGAAGGACAGAAACCUGGAGGAUCUUCUACAUGUUUUGCAUCAGGGUGUGGCCUGCUUCGUGGUACCAGGGCUGGUGUGUGCACAUGUCGAAGCAAAGCUCGGGGACGGCAUUAGGCUACAAGACUUGGGCUUCGAGCUGGAGAACCGUGUCUGGAAACACUACAAAGCUUGGUGCCGCAGGACCAAGGUGGCUGGUUGUGGUCACCGUUUCAACUUGACGCGGUUUGGGCGCGAACAAUGGGGAUACUAUCCGGAGUUGCAUUCAUGCUACAAAGCUUAUACCGUGAAGAUGCUGAUAUACUGGGUGUAUGCUUUUCUUUGCGAUGAAGACCGAAAUGUACCCAACAGCGGCAACCGACUGAGGUUGUCCUAUGCACUGGCAAAGACGCAAUGGCUCUUCGAUCGAAGUGGUCCGUUUUUGACCAGGCAGGUGAAGGAUGAGGCUGUGUACUUGGGACUGUCUUUUCUUUUGCUGUACCAAUUUUUGGCCGUGGAAAAUAUUCCGCAACAUAAAAGAAACUGGAAGAUCGUGCCAAAGUUUCACAGCUUCCUUCACCUGCUGCAGUACGUGAAACGAACUUCCCGAAACCCGAGGUGGGAGCACUGCUAUCAAGACGAGGACUUGAUGAAGCAGAUCGGCAACAUUGCAUCUUCGACACAUCCGUUCACUAUGGAUAAAGUCACGUGCAACCGCUACAGAGCGCUGCUGGAGUUCGGAGACGUUUUCUGA